UUACUGCCGCCAACGGUUUAAACGCUUUGCAGCAGCGCGUCGCGCGUGUUUCAACAACAAAAUUUGUCGCCACUUUGCCACAGCCACUUGCCACUUGCUACUUGCCACAAACAUAAACAAAACAGUGUUGGGAGUGUGUUGCCGGUGCGGUUCAAUUCGAUUGGAGACAGCAAAGAGGAAAAAACUCGGUUUUAAUUUAAUUGUUUGCGAGUGCCUUGGCAACAAAUGCGUGGCACACGAAGCACAAUGCUCGAGACAAGCUGUGGCCACCUGGUGGCAAGAACGAUGCUGAUGCCGCGCAACAUUUUGGUGGCAAACGGAAACGCAAAAGCAAACGGAAACGGAAGCAUUUAAGCAAAGUGGCUGCUUUCAAGCUCAGCGACUGUUUGCUGCCAACACACAAAUCUCGCAACAUGUGUGCAACGGCAACUCUAUCGUAGUGUGUGUGUGUGUGUAUGAGAGUGUGCGAGUGUGUGUGUGUGUGUAAUGCUGAGCGCUGUCUAAAGCCGGGCCCAAAGUUGCAGCAGCAGAAAACUUGCAAUCAAAUACGAAAGCGAAUACGAAUACGAAUAGUACGAAAACGAAUACUACAAAAAAAGUAAAGAAAGAAAGAAGAAAAAAGUAGAAAAGAAAUCCUCACAGCAGCAGCAAUCCUUUUGUGCCUGCGUGUGUGAGUGUGUGUGUGUAUCGGAGUGUAUGUGUGUGUAGCAAGCAAAUAAAUGCUUUUGCAACGCUUUUUUAGCCAUUUUAUCUCAAGUCGAAAUACUGUAAAAAAUUGUAAAAUGGAUUUACGUUUCGUAUUCAUCGUUUUCCUGCUGAAGUGGACGUAUGCACAAGGUUCACAUCCGCCGCGAAUAGUUGAACAUCCCAUAGAUACGACGGUGCCACGACACGAGCCAGCAACGCUUAAUUGCAAGGCAGAGGGCUCGCCCACGCCCACAAUUCAAUGGUAUAAGGAUGGCGUGCCACUGAAGAUACUGCCGGGCUCCCAUCGCAUUACGCUGCCAGCGGGUGGAUUGUUCUUCCUUAAGGUUGUCAAUUCGCGUCGCGAAACAGAUGCCGGCGUCUACUGGUGUGAGGCUAAAAACGAACUGGGCGUGGCACGGAGUCGCAAUGCCACGCUGCAAGUGGCGGUGCUUCGCGAUGAGUUUCGCCUGGAGCCGCAAAACACACGCAUCGCCCAGGGCGAAACGGCGUUGUUGGAGUGCGCCCCACCGCGUGGCAUUCCGGAACCGACGGUCACAUGGAAGAAGGGCGGCCAGAAAUUGGAUUUGGAGGGCUCGAAGCGUGUACGCAUCGUUGAUGGUGGCAAUUUGGCCAUACAGGAUGCACGUCAGAGUGACGAGGGUCAAUACCAAUGCAUUGCCAAGAAUCCAGUCGGUGUGCGUGAAUCCUCUUUGGCCACACUCAAAGUACACGUUAAACCCUACAUCAUACGCGGCCCACAUGAUCAAACGGUUCUCGAAGGCGCCUCCGUCACAUUUCCCUGCCGCGUCGGCGGAGAUCCCAUGCCCGAUGUCCUUUGGCUGCGCACCGCUUCAGGCGGCAACAUGCCGCUAGACCGCGUCAGUGUGCUGGAGGAUCGCAGUCUGCGACUGGAACGCGUCACCAUUGCGGACGAAGGGGAAUAUAGCUGCGAGGCGGAUAAUGUGGUGGGCGCCAUCACGGCCAUGGGCACGCUGACAGUGUUCGCGCCCCCGAAAUUCAUACAACGUCCUGCGAGUAAAUCGGUCGAGUUGGGAGCCGACACAUCCUUCGAGUGUCGCGCCUCAGGGAACCCCAAGCCAACCAUCUUCUGGACGAUCAAGAACAACAGCACACUGAUAUUUCCGGGUGCACCGCCGUUGGAUCGAUUUCAUAGUCUGAACACCGAGGAAGGACACUCGAUACUGACGCUGACACGCUUUCAGCGCACCGACAAGGAUUUGGUGAUUGUGUGCAAUGCCAUGAAUGAGGUGGCCAGCAUAACAUCGAGGGUGCAAAUCACCCUCGACUCACAGGAGGAUCGACCACCGCCCAUAAUCAUCGCUGGGCCGGUGAAUCAAACGCUGCCCAUCAAAUCGCUGGCAACGUUGCAAUGCAAAGCAAUUGGUUUGCCCAAUCCGACAAUUUCGUGGUAUCGCGACGGCAUCCCGGUGCAUCCGAGUGCCAAGCUGAAUAUAACCGCUGCCGGUGAUUUGAUAAUCUCCGACUUGGAUCGCCAACAGGAUCAAGGACUGUACACGUGUGUGGCCAGCUCACGGGCGGGGAAAUCCACGUGGAGCGGUUUCCUACGCAUUGAGUUGCCCACAAAUCCGAACAUCAAGUUCUACCGGGCGCCCGAACAAAGCAAAUGUCCCACAGCUCCGGGGCAACCGACAGUGCUGAAUGCGACAGCCAACGCAAUGACCAUUGUGUGGCCCAGCAGCGACAAGCUGGGCAACUCCCCGUUCCACGGUUAUAGCGUGGAGAUGUAUUGCACGAACAAGAGCAAAACCUGGAUACCGAUUGCCAGCAGGCUAAGUGAGCCCAUUGUCACCGUGGAUAGCCUCGAGUCGGGUGCUGCGUACAUGUUCAUUGUGCGGGCCGAGAAUGCUUUGGGCUUCUCACCGCCAUCGCCCAUCUCAGAGCCAAUUACAGCUGGCAAGUUGAUCGGAGUGCGGGAUGGCAGCGAUGCAAGUUCCUCCAGCUCACAGCUGCUGUUGAGCGAUGUGGAGACGUUGCUGCAAUCGAAUAACAUCGUCGAACUGCUCGAGGCGAAUGCCAGCGAUUCGACAACGAUUCGACUCGCCUGGGACAUUGACAAUGGCCAGUACAUCGAAGGCUUCUAUUUGUAUGCUCGCGAAUUGCGUUCAGCGGAAUACAAAAUGCUAACGCUCCUGAACAAAGGACAAGGCAUCAGUUCGUGCAGUGUGCCCGGGUUGGCAAAGGCUUCUACGUAUGAGUUUUUUCUUGUGCCAUUUUACAAGAGCAUCGUAGGCAAACCCUCGAACUCGAGACACGCUCGCACUCUGGAAGAUGUGCCCGAGGCAGCACCGUAUGGCAUGGAAGCCAUCCAAUUCAAUCGCACCUCCGUCUUCUUGAAAUGGCUUCCCCCGCAACCGAAUCGCACUCGCAAUGGCAUCCUGACCAGCUACAAUGUGCUCGUCAAGGGUCUGGAUGUGCACAAUACGACGCGUAUAUUCAAAAAUAUGACCAUUGAUGCGGCGACACCAACUCUGCUGCUGGCAAACCUCACCACGGGCGUCACCUACUACAUUGCCGUUGCGGCUGCCACCCGCGUUGGCGUCGGUCCCUUCAGCAAACCGGCUGUGCUACGCAUCGAUGCACGGACCCAAUCACUGGACACCGGCUACACGCGCUAUCCCAUCAGUCGUGAUAUUGCCGAUGACUUUUUAACGCAGACCUGGUUUAUCGUCCUGCUGGGCUCCAUCAUUGCCAUAAUUGUGUUUCUAUUGGGCGCAUUGGUUCUAUUCAAGCGCUAUCAAUUUAUCAAGCAGACCUCGCUGGGCAGUCUACAUGGCAAUCACGCAAUCGGCACCGUGCGAAAGUUUCCAACGUUACCAAUGAAUGGCGGCGGUGGCAUUGGCGGUGGCAACUCUUGUGCUUUGAGUGGUGGCAACAACUCUGGUGGCUCGAAUGGACUAUGGAUCGAUCCCAGUGGCGGUGUUUGGCGACAAGCGUCCGCCUCAUGUACGACAAAGGAGCAACUUCCGGGCUACGCACAGGCCACAGCUCAACAGCAACAUCAGCAGCAGCAGAAACACAAACAGCAGAAGCAGCAACAACAACAACAGCAAGGACAACAAGGACAAUCAAACCGUACACAACAACAGCCGCUGCCUGAUUAUGAGAGACUCUCGCCAUUGAAUAUGCCGGACUAUGCGGAAGUUGCAUGUUCAACAUUCAAAAGCCCACACAAUGGCGUUGCACAAACUUCCGGCCAAAUGGCAGGCGGAAUCGGAGUCGGAGGUGGAGCUUCAUCAUUAUACGAUAGCUGUGGCGCCUAUGCCACAGCAAAUGUGGUGGCCAAUGUGAAGCUCUAUCAGAAUCAGAAUCAACAUCCAAAUCCCAAUCAGACGGCGAAUCGUUAUGGGACAAAGCCCACGGCAACAGGAACAACUACAAUAACGACGACGAACAACAAUAAUGGCACAUUGAUAACCGGCAAUAAUGAUUACCAAUCGACGGGCAUGUAUUCGGCACCAGCAAGCGCACAUUAUGGCUGCCUUGAGCCAAAUGUGAUGACCACAUCGACGGCCUCAACGGCCAUCAUGGGCAACGGUUCACCGGCCAAGCUCAAUAAUAAAAAGAUCAACAUAACCGAGAACAAAAUGGAUCAUCACAUGCAAAGCAUUAACGACAAUGGAGUGGCAGCUACAACUACUGGUAAAUCAGAACGCACAAAUCCCUUCAAUCAGCAGCAACAAUUGCUCUUGGCCAGCAAUGCAUUGAAGCAGGGCUUGGGCGCCUAUGCCAACACAACGUUGGCCGCCCAAAUGGCCAACGGUGGCGGCGCUGGCACUUUGAGACGCCAGCGACAGCCAAAGGCCACAGCGUCUUUGUUCAAGAGCGAAACAAACAUUCUGGGCAAAUCAACAGCAGCAACACGGAAUGGUGGCAAUGGCAAUAAUAAUAUGGACUUUUUAACCGGUGGCCCACCAAUCGGUGGGGAACAGCAGCUGAAUAUCGAUGCCGAUUUCUCGGCAUUGUGCAAUUCAACGAAUCAGUUGCUCAACGAUUGGGCUUCCAGUGCCUCGAUUGCGGCCGGUGAUUAUCAUUUUGGCAACAAGCAGCCGAGCAAACAGCAUCUCUACGUAAAGGCCAAGGAUGGCACUUGGUCCGCUGUGAGUUCGGAUGCAUAUCAGACAUACAAGCAACAACAGCAGCAACAGCAAUUCCAUGUUGGCACAGGUGACAACAACAAGCCCCUACUUGUUAAUCCUGCCCAUAGUUCAAGUAGCCUGGCUGCUGAUAGCAAAUUCCUGAGUAGUUUCGGCAAUACAAGUGCCAAUGUCUAAAAACUAAACCCAGUGCUUGUGUUUUUGGGUGUGUGUUUUGCUCAGUAAAUAGACAUAAGUUAAAAGCAAAGCGAAUGUUGUGAAUGCUGACGCAAAGGGGGAGAGAGUAAUGAAGUUUAUACUAUAUAUACUAUGUAUAGUAUAUGCUGUAUAUAGUAUAUACUGUACAGUUUACAAUAUAUGCAAAAUAUAGUAUGUGCCGCACAGUUUAUAGUAUAUGCUGUAUAUAGUAUAUAGUAUAUUCUGUGUAUACCUUAUACUGCGUAAAGUAAAUACUGUAUACUAAGUACAGUAUAUACUGCUUAUUCGUAGUACUGUAUAUGUAUACUAUAUACUAUAUUUGGUAUAUAUUAUCUACAGUAUAUACUGCCAACUGUUCUACUAUAUACUAUAUUUGGUAUAUACUGUUUAGUUUAUAGUAUAUAAUAUUUACUGUAAAAACUGUAUACCAUGUAUAGUAAAUACUAUAUACUGUCUACUAUAUAUAGUAUAUUUUAUAUACUGAAUAGUUAACUUGGUUAUUGUGGCGUGAAAGUUUUUGAGUGAGAGACACUUGUGUGAAAUGGUAGCUCAGAAACUAAAAAGUAGAGACAAACAAAUACAAGCUUAGAGUGCACACAAAAGAGCUCAAACUAUAGCUAAAAUAUAUUGAGUUUCUAUGAAAUUUCAGCUGUAAACGAAGCUCAAAUUAACAUAUUACCUGAAUAUGUUAAACGUAGUAAAAACAAAUUAAUAAACAAAUAAAAAAAACCAACACGCGUUGCAGCUGCAAUUUCUAUUGAAUAGUUGCCCUCACUUUGCCUCCCAAGUAGCUAAAAAAAAUCAUUCUUGAUCGCUUCAUAACUAGCCUAGACUUUCACCUCCCCCGAACAACAACAACAACAACGAAAUGUGUAAGUUGGCUUGUAAAUAGAAUUUUGAAAUCCUUAUUAAAACAUAUGGAAUAUGGCAAGCAAAAUGGAAAUCCUAAACCCAAAUAGCACCGAAAUAUAGUUAAGAUUAAUGUAAUUUUUAGUACGAAAUCUGCAAAGAGUUUGAGCCAAAAAAAAAAUAAUAUGAAGAGACAACAAAAAAACGGAUAUUGACGCCUAGCAAAACCCUAACGAAAUAUAUUUAAAUCAAUGAAGAAAAAAAUCCACACACACAAAGUAAGCAAAAAAAAAAAACAAAACAAAACAAAAACCUUUAGAAUAAAGUCGAUUCGAACACAACAACAGCACUUAAACAAUAAUUAAUAAUGAUUUCAUUCAUUGCAAAUGUGUAAUAAUCCCCGCAGAUAAGCUAAAUAAAUGCUAAUAAUAAGGCUGUUAAAUGUAAAAUAUCAUAAAUAUUAAAUAAUAACCCACAGCAAAAACAAUAUAUAGUAUAUCUAUACAUUAAUAAAUUGUGUAAUUAAAGCAUUUAACUGUAACUAGUUUUAGUUUGAGUAGCUAAACUAAACAAGAACACAACACAAAAAAAAAACACGAUUACAGCUGAACACAAAAAAAACAAUGAGAAAUUCAAUUGAUAAAUAUAUGCGAAAAAAAGAAUUAAAAUAAAUACUAAACUAACUACUAUUAAAAAAAAACAGUUAUUAUGAAUACCAACUC